AUGGCUCCGGUGUUAUACUAUGUGGCAUAUGGAGGGGUCGUGUGUGCAGUAGAGGAGUUGUUGAAAAACGGGGCAUACGUCAACGCUCAGGGCGGCAGGUACGGCAACACUCUCCAAGCUGCUUCAUACGGAGGUCGCAAAGAGAUCGUCCAGAUGCUUCUCGACAAGGGAGCAGACGUCAACGCCCAGGGCGGCAACUUCGGCAACGCUAUCCAAGCUGCUUCAUCAGGAGGCCACCAAGAGAUCGUCCAGAUACUCCUUAGCAAGGGAGCAGACGUCAACGCCCAGGGCGGCAACUUCGGCAACGCUCUCCAAGCUGCUUCAUACGGAGGUCGCAAAGAGAUCGUCCAGAUGCUUCUCGACAAGGGAGCAGACGUCAACGCCCAGGGCGGCAACUUCGGCAACGCUCUCCAAGCUGCUUCAUACGGAGGUCGCAAAGAGAUCGUCCAGAUGCUUCUCGACAAGGGAGCAGACGUCAACGCCCAGGGCGGCGAGUACGGCAACGCUCUCCAAGGUGCUUCAUACGGAGGUCGCAAAGAGAUCGUCCAGAUGCUUCUUGACAACGGAGCAGACACCGGCAACGCUCUCCAGGGCGCUUCAUACGGAGGUGACGAAGAGAUCGUCCAGAUACUUCUCAACAAGGGAGCAGACGUCAACGCCCAGGGCGGCGACUUCGGCGACGCUCUCCAAGGUGCUUCAUAUAGAGGCCACCAAGAGAUCGUCCAGAUACUCCUUGACAAGGGAGCAGAUGUCAAUGCUCAGGGCGGCCCCUUCGGCAACGCUCUCCAAGACGCUUCACGGGAAGGCCACAAAGAGAUCGUCCAGAUGCUUCUUGACAAGGGAGCAGAUGUCAAUGCUCAGGGCGGCAACUUCGGCAACGCUCUUUAUGCUGCUUCAGAUAGGGGCCACAAGGAGAUCGUCCAGAUACUCCUUGGCAAGGGAGCAGACGUCAACACCCAGGGCGGCAACUUCGGCAACGCUCUCCAAGCCGCUUCAUUUGGAGGCCACCAAGAGAUCGUCCAGAUGUUUCUUGACAACGGAGCAGACACCGGCAACGCUCUCCAGGGCGCUUCACGGGGAGGCCACCAAGAGAUCGUCCAGAUACUCCUUGAUAAUGGAGCAGACGUCAACGCCCAGGGCGGCGAGUACGGCAACGCUCUCCAAGCUGCUUCAUCAGGAGGCCACCAAGAGAUCGUCCAGAUACUCCUUGGCAAGGGAGCAGACGUCAACGCCCAGGGCGGCGAUUUCGGCAACGCUCUCCAAGCUGCUUCAUCAGGAGGCCACCAAGAGAUCGUCCAGAUACUCCUUGGCAAGGGAGCAGACGUCAACGCCCAGGGCGGCAACUUCGGCAACGCUCUCCAAGGUGCUUCAUACGGAGGCCACCAAGAGAUCGUCCAGAUACUCCUUGGCAAGGGAGCAGACGUCAACGCCCAGGGCGGCAACUUCGGCAACGCUCUCCAAGCUGCUUCAUACGGAGGUCGCAAAGAGAUCGUCCAGAUACUCCUUGACAAGGGAGCAGACGUCAACGCCCAGGGCGGCAACUUCGGCAACGCUCUCCAAGCUGCUUCAUACGGAGGUCGCAAAGAGAUCGUCCAGAUACUCCUUGACAAGGGAGCAGACGUCAACGCCCAGGGCGGCAACUUCGGCAACGCUCUCCAAGGUGCUUCAUACGGAGGCCACCAAGAGAUCGUCCAGAUGCUUCUUGACAACGGAGCAGAUGUCAACACCCAGGGCGGCCCCUUCGGCAACGCUCUCCAGGGCGCUUCAUCAGGAGGCCACCAAGAGAUCGUCCAGAUACUCCUCGACAAGGGAGCAGACAUUUGCAACGCUCUCCAAGCUGCUUCAUGCGGAGGUUAUCAAGCAGUUGUCGAGACAAUCAUCAACUCAGGAAAGGUCGAUGUCGAUUCGAGAGACGAGCACGGUCGAUCGCCGCUGUCGUGGGCGGCUGAGUACGGUCAAAACUCUGUCCUCAGAACUUUUCUCGACUUGCGAACGGACGUUAUGGCAACGCGCAACGACACAGGGACGCCGCCAGAUUGUACCUCUGACAACGGGCAGUCCGCGGAUGUUUACCAGCAAACAACAGAUUCACUUAUUGUACCAAUCGAUAAAGGCAAUGCAGCAAAUGAGAUCCAUGCGUAUGGCGUUAACGUAAAUUCCAAGGAUGUUGAGGGUGCCACACCAAUUAUAUGGGCCGCGAGAGGGGGCCACGAGGAUGCGGUUCGUCUGCUUUUGUCCCAAGCGACCUUGGAUCCAGAUUCUUGUGAUAAGAACGGCCGUACAACGCUUUCAUGGGCUGCUAGUAAAGGGCAUGUAGCUAUUGUGCAUUUACUCCUUGCGAACACUAUGGUGGACAUCAAUUCACAAGACCGGGAUGGCUACACGCCACUGAUGUGGGCUAUGCGGAAAUCUCACCUUCGUGUGGCGAAAUUACUAUUUCAGGGCGGGAGUCGUAUGUCAGACACGUUGAAAGCCAGCCUGGCUUUUCAGGCGUUCUGGUUGACUCCAGCAGACGAUUUGGAUCAGUUUCUGACCGACAUUGGUUAUGUCGAAGAUCACGACUUGUUAGGGCUUCAAGCAUUGUUUUCACUUCCUUUGACAUGA